UCGGCGACGCGCUUUCCGCGUCGGCUCGGCUCGGCUGCUGCCUCUAGUUCCCAGUGUGGACUACUGACAGCCAGCUGUGCGGCUAACACGACGACGACAAUAACAGCUGCGGACCCACCGCCUUCGAACAUUUAACGCUCCACUCCUCCGGUGCGCGUUUGGGAGGCGAUCUAAAGCUCAAGAGAGAGAAGAGAGGAAAAAGAAGAGCGAAAAGGGCUCGUUUCGUCGUUGGUUCCUGUGCUAGCUUAGCUGAAGACGAGCAUUCCUCCGACAUGAAUCCGCUGUGUAGCAGAUGUAAUCUCGUCGUCUACCCCACGGAAAAAAUCAAUUGUCUGGACAAGUACUGGCAUUCGCGAUGUUUCCGCUGCGAGACCUGCAAUAUGUCUCUAAACAUGAAGAACUACAAAGGCUUUGCCAAGAGACCGUACUGCUCUGCACACUACCCCAAGGCAAACUUCACCUGCGUGGCUGACACUCCAGAGAACAUCCGCCUCAAACAGCAGAGCAAGAUGCAGAGCCAGGUUCUCUACAAGGAGGAUUUUGAAAAGAAUAAAGGGAAAGCCUUCACCGUGGUCACAGACACGCCAGAGCUGCAGAGACUCAAGAAAUCACAGGACCAAAUCAGCAACAUCAAGUACCACGAGGAGUUUGAGAAGAGCAAGGGUUCACAUGUCCAUGAGGAGAGCAAGACUCCGCAUCCACAGCCAAGCAGCCCUGCCCCAGCCGCUUACCAGCCCGUGGCCGCCUCUCAGAACUACCACUACGAUCCUACUCCUGAGCCUGUGCGCCCGGCAGCUGCCGCACCGCCUUCCAGCGCUGGGAAGCGGUACCGGGCGGUGUACGACUACGCCGCCGCCGACGAGGACGAGGUCUCCUUCAUUGACGGCGACGUGAUCGUGGACGUGCAGCAGAUCGACGAAGGCUGGAUGUACGGCCGGGUGGAGCGCACCAAUCAGCAAGGGAUGCUGCCCGCCAACUACGUGGAGGCCAUCUGAGAGAGAGAGAGAGAGAGAGAGAGAGAGAGAGAGAGAGAAAGAAGAGGUAGAGAAAAGGGAGGGAAAUGAGAAAAAAGGAAGAAAAAAAAAAAAAGACCAGUGCCAUUUCAUCUUUAACGCCGCUUCUCUUGAUUUGCCCCCCCACCCCCCUCUCCCCUUUCUCGCUGUUCAGCUCGCUAACCUCAAGCCUUCUUCUGUCUUAACUUUUUCUUGUCUGUCUGUGCUGAUGUUUGGAUGUCACUCAUCUACGUCUCUUCCACCUAUAGCACUUAAAAUCCCCCCCCCCCCCCCCCCCCCCCCCCCGGUGCAAAUAUUUGGAAAGUCCCUCAUCGUGCGCUCGCCGAUGUUUCUUUGUGUACGCGUGUACAUUUUCCUUUCCAUGACUGGAAGAAAAUUUCACCUCAGUUGCGUCUACAUUCCUUUGCUCUUUGAACCCUGGGAUCAGCAGCCAGCUGUCCAUCCUAACAGAGUGUUUUACUCUUAAUAUAUUUAUAGACCCAAUGUGAUGCGCUGCAUUGUGGGUAAUGUUGUUCGACUGGAAUCCGGAGCUCCUGCCGCUCUCGUCGGCAUUUUGUUUGUUUUUUGUUUUAAUGUCGGGCAGACACAAGAGGGAUCAGGGAUAAGUUGGGGAACGUUUGCAUGUGGGCGCAUGCCUGACUUCCCUCCCCUUUUGCCCCAACAUUUGCGUACACAGCACAACUCUGUAUUCUGACACUUUUAAACCUUUUAUUCCACCGCUUCAACAACAUUCCAAUCUUUAUUUUUCUGUUAGAUGUGAAAGAAUGUCUUAUCGAUCCUCUCCUAUCUUGUGCUCCUUUUUCCUUUGUUCGCCUUUUUUCUUUUCUUUAUCGUAAAAUGCUUCUUUUGAACAGGACAAAUUGUCAUGUGUACGAAAUAAAUAAACCAGCAACGCAAUUGAUGAAGGUGGAGGAGUUUAUAUCAAAUGCAAACAACAGCAAAAAAAGAGGUAGUGGCAGUCGGAUGAGGAAGCAGUGCAGUGGUGGAGCGAGCGGAACGCGUACGCCUGAUAUCACCAAAAAGGGCACCGUUGGUUGGGGGCCGCCACGCUUUUCUGCCGUUGCUCUCUCGACGUAGCUAGCGGACAUUUCUACAAUCGGGUAUCGUAAUAGGCGUCGUCAGUCUUUACUCACAAUUUAUUUGAUGGUUUGUUUUUGGGCCCUCUUCCGCUCUAUCUCGUCCAAGUUAUCCCGUCCUCGCCUCUACCGAGCCUUCUCCAUCUGUGCUUCUGACCCGUCAUUCCAUGCUUCUCAUCAUCGCCGCUUAUAUGUACACGUCAUCAUAGGAAUCUUGUAAUCGCGCAGGUGGAAGCUUGCAGACCAGUUUUGUGCAUCUUGUUUUUUUAAUGUCAUUUUUUAAGGAAUAAAGAUAGCAUAUGCAUAUUGACACGUUUUAAAAAAAAAAAGUACAAGACAUUGUCAGAUGUUAGGACCAGAUAUCAUCUCGUGUCACAGCACUUCAAACUGUACUUAAUGAUUCUGCAGAUUCAAUAAAAGUCAUUUUUCUCAAGA